CUAUUAGUGCUGUGAUCGGUGUUUAUUGAAGCUGUACAUUCUACUAAUUCUGUUUACUUUUACAACAAUUACUUUCUAAAAGCACUUUUUUUAAGUUUGUUUAUUCAUUUGUAACUAACUUUGUAAGCAGAGUUUAUACUAUUCGUUUUGGUUGUUUUAUAAGAUCAGUUGGAAGAGACAAACAUGUGGCCAAAUCAAGGACCUCAUCCACCCAAUCCUGCAUUUCCUCCAUCUGUAAACCCAGCAUAUCCAGCAAUGCCCAUCCCGCAAUACCCACCCGGACAGAACCCUGCAUAUCCACCUGGGAUGAAUCAACCUAUGACCAUACCUUACAUGACACCCAACCAACAUCCCUUUCCUCCCGGUGCUCCUGGCCCAUGUCCACCAUACCCUGGAGCAGCACACUCAAUACUCGUCCCAGUGCCGGGAAUGGACGUGCAUGGUCAUAAGAAGCACAAGAAGAUGAAGAAAGAGAAGAAAGAGAAGAAAGCUCAUAAGGUUCACAAGGAACAUAAAAAUAAGAAACAUGGCAAGCAUUCGUCCUCCAGCAGCAGCAGUGAUUCUGACUGACACCACACACAUCAGUGUUUUCAUUUCUGAAUGUCAGGGCAGAUAAACCCCUUGGCUAAUGUAGAUUGUGGUUAUUUUUGAGCGUUGAGUGUCAUAAAGGCCUGGAGUAACUGACCAUAGUCUGCUUUAUUCACAGCAAACACUUUUAGUCAGCAAAAUUCAGUAAAAGCAUUGGCAUAGAUCUCACAGGGCAUCAUGACACAAGAAUCAUACCCGUGGCCAUGAUGCUCUUCUCUUCCCGCUGACUUGCAUGAAUGUGUACUGAUGUAUGAUUUUCAAUCGUUGAUUUUUGUGAAAAACAAUGUCAAACAAACACCUGCCUUUAUUGUGAAGACAUUAAGUAAUAUUUUGGAUAUUAAUUCACUUUUGUUGAUCUUGGGUAUCAAAAUAUGACACUAAUGCGUGAAGAGUGCUGAUUGAUUGUUAAUUUGUUCUUCAAGCUGAAACUGAUCUUUGUAAUGAUUUUAUUGAUCAGUAAACACAUUCCAGCUUAUGAUAAAUAUGUAACCGUGUAUAUUUUAUAUCAUAUACCAUCAUCAUUUCGCUUCGUAUACUUAACACAUUGUUUUUUGGCGCUAAUGUUUUCAGUUUGUCAAGAAAUGAACUGACUGCUGUUGUGAUAAUAGAUUUUCACUACAAGAUUAUUGUGACUAAAAGAUUUCAGGAUUAAAAUGCUAUUGUGAUAUCUACUGAAGGGUUUUCUAAAUAAAUCAUGAUAUCAAAUUCA